UCUAAUCCUUGGAUCUGGGGGAGAGUGUGGACCAGUGAGUACGUAAUUGCUUAUAUAUAGAGACCAUACGUACAAAGUUGUGAAUUGUGUAUAAUCUUCAACUAUAUUUCCUUUAUCAAAAGAAGUUGUUUGGCAUAGUUGAAAUAAGCCAAUGGAGACGGCUGGUUCAUCGAAUGCUCUUGUUGUCUCUGCACCAUCACCAGAAUUGGAGUUUAUGCUGGCAUCAAAUAUUAACGUCUCGAGCUUUGUAACGGAGAAACUUUCCGGGCGUAGCAACUAUAGGAUCUGGAGUGCUCAGAUGCGUUGCUUCUUAAUGUCUCAGGGGUUGCUUUGCAUCGUUGAGAAAGGCUUACCUCUUUGGAAAAAUAAGGGUAACAUGGAAGGGGAGUAUGAGUGCCUUGUCAGAUGUUGGAUUUUCAGUUCUGUGAAUGAAAAAGUGCUCAAGGAUUUACUAGAAAAACACAAUAGCGAGUAUCUUGAAACAAAAGUUCUAUGGAGGAAACUAUAUGCCUCAUAUAUGCCAGACGAUAGCGAUACAGAAGAUGUUCCAGCAGUACUCGACUUUUGGCAGGCAUCAAAUGUUAACGUCUCCAACUUUGUUUCCAUGAAGCUUUCUGGCUGCAGCAACUAUAAUAUCUGGAAAGCUCAGAUGCUAUGCCUCAUACAGAGUCGGGAGUUGCUUCACAUCAUUGAUGCUGCAUAUGAUUUCCCGGGAGACAAGUAUGACAACCUUGUCAAAGGAUGGAUUUUCGGUUCUAUGAACGAGAAAGUUCUCAAGGUUUUUGUUGCCUUCGAUUCCGCAGCAAAGGUUUGGAAGGAACUAGAAUCCUCCUUUAAUUCAUCAAUAAGCAAACCAGAAGAUUCACCCCCAUUUAUGUUUGGAAAAGCAUUGUUAGGAGACGCUCCAGAAAUAAGAAACACAUCCAGCUUCCCACGAGAGAGAUUGUACGAAGCUGUUGUUGAAGGCUGUUGGUGGAAAGCUAAAUCCAUACUGAAAAUUCAUAAGAAGGCAGCCACAGAGGCGAUCACUACAGAUGGCAACACAAUCCUUCACUUGGCGGUUGAAUGGGGCCAAAACUAUUUUGUUGAGAAACUACUGGAGUAUAUAAAAGAUGGAAAAGAUAUAGAAAGGCAGAAUGAUAAAGGUCGAACAGCACUACAGGUUGCCGCAACGGUUGGCAACAUGUACGCGGCCCAGCUCUUCGUUCAGAAGAGGAAAGAACUGUUGGUGAUCCGAGACCAUGACCAAAAAUCACCAUUCUAUAGUGCUUUUUAUAACUUGAAGCUCAAUGUCUCUGCUUACUUGUUAUCCCCACUAUCUUCUAAUUCAAGCCUUUUUCAAGAUGCCUCCUAUCAGGAAUAUGAGGUGGAAAUUAUGAAUUGCUAUUGUAACAAAAGAAUAUGGUGAGUAGUUAGAGCAUUCUCAUACAACCCCCCACUUUUACCCUAUAUUACACUAAAAAUCACUAUUUUUUGUCUUUCAUUUUCAAUGAAAUAAUACUUUUUUAAUACCUUUAUCAUUACAUUUUCUCUCUUUUCCACUCACAACCACUUUCAAAACAUAUUAAAAAAUUAUAAAUGGUGAAUAAUGUCGCCUAAAAUUUAUAGAUAAAUAGUAACAUUUUCUCUUUCCUCUACUCACAACCAUCUAUAACCACUUUUCAUAAAAUACCCCCCCCCACAUAAUUUUGGGUUACUCACAACCAUCUAUAACCACUUUUCAUAAAAUAAACCCCCCUCCCCCACAUAAUUUGGGGUGUUGGAUGUGAAUGCUCUUAGUAUUAGGAUGGUAAUGGUUUCACCUUAAUUAUUUCGGGUUGGCGAAUUGAAUUGAUGAACCCAUAUAUGGUGAUGGAUCAUUAGAAAACUGACUCAAAACCACUAAAAGGAGAGGAAGGGACGUUAAUGAAGGAGAGGUAAAUUGGAAGAAGAAUAUAUAUAUUUUUGAAACAUUUCUAAUUUCUCCAUACGUUAUAAUUUUUUAAAUUACAUUUUUUUUAAAUGUGCAUCAUUACCAAAAACCUAACUCCCCCACCGCCGAAAAACCUAACCCCUCCACCCCC